AUGGGUAAACGGGUCAUCUUUACCGGUGGCUCCGGUGUAAUUGGCCCUCACGUCAUCCAAGAGCUGCUACGGCACGGCCACGAUGUCAUCAACCUCGACAUUGUCCCGCUCGACAAACCAUUCGUCCACACGAUGAAGUGCGACGUGACAGACGCCGGUCAAGUCUAUAGCGCCCUCCACACCCAGCUCCACCUGACCCAGCCGCUGGAGAAGUCGUCCGUGCCUGACGCCAUCAUCCACUUCGCCGGCUAUGCCCGCCCGUUGCUGGCACCCGACAACGAGGUCUUCCGGACCAACAUCGUGAGCAUCCACAACGUCAUAGAGGCCGCCUGCAAGUUGGGCAUCAAGAAGAUCAUCCUCGCGAGCAGCAUCACCGUCUACGGCGUCACCUUCGCCGAGGGCCGCCGUGCCUUCACCCAGUUUCCCAUCGACGAGACCACCGAGUGCAACCCUACCGAUCCAUACGCUUUGUCGAAGCUCCUCGGUGAGACUGUCGCCCGGAGCUACGCUAACCGCUUUGGCGUCGACAUUUACUGCCUACGCAUCGGAGCCAUCGUGGAGCCUGACCGCUACCCAGAGACCUUUGGCGCCUACCUCGCCCAACCCGAGGCCUGGGACGUCCACGGCUGGUCCUAUACCGACCUCCGGGACCUCGGUCAGAUGUGCCACCUGUGUUUGUCGUCCGACGGCCUGGGCUGGCAGGUCUACAACGCAACCAACAACGACAUGACAAACAACGAGAGGACAUCCGACUUCCUCGCACGGGUGAGCCCCUCGACGCCCUUCACCCGAGAGAUGGGCGACCGCGAGGCCCCCAUCUCCAACGCCAAGAUCCAGAGGAUGCUGGGCUUCAAGGAAGAGCACUCUUGGAGGAGGCAUGUCACGCCCGCGACACAGGCCAAGACAGUUGGAUGA